UUUUAACUAAGAAUUCAUAGAUGGCAAGUGAGCCUGAGGUUGUUCUCGAGCUAAAAGUGGAGAGAGAAAGGAGCAGACUUGACUUGGAGGAGCUAACAAACCUAUUGGAUGGAGGAGCAGUGUUUACUGACAAAAGAAGAGAAAUGGUUAAAAUGGUAGUGGAGGAUCCAGUAUUUAAGAGAGACAACAAGUAUUUUUUGUCUUCUGAGGAAUCUUUUGACUCUGCAAUGAGGAAAAAUGUUCAUUACAUUGAAUUAUUAAAGUCAAAAAAGCUAAAUGAAACUAAUGCCAAAGCCUAUGUUGAAAGUGCAAUAGAUGAUGACUUCCCCGCAUUGGUUCAUGAGUUAAUGUUUGUACCAACAAUUGAAGGUCAAGGAAUAAAGGUGGGUGACAUUGGACCAAAGUUUGGAUACUUUGGUAUGGACAAUGGUUUCCUCCACAUGACAAAUGUGAGAAUACCAAGAGAUCACAUGCUAAUGAAAUAUGCUCAGGUAUCACGAGAUGGUACAUACUCAAAGCCUCCAGCCGAAGCUGAUAAAAUUGUAUAUGCUGUUAUGGUUCGUACAAGGACACUUAUUGUUGAUCAUUCAGCAAAAUCUCUGGCUAGAGCUAUUACCAUAGCAAUAAGAUACAGUGUUGUGAGGAGACAAACACGAAAUAGACCUGGUGAACCAGAGACUCAAGUAUUGGAUUAUCAAACUCAACAGUUUAAGCUGUUUCCUGUAUUGGCCUCUGCUUAUGCUAUGAAGUUUGCUAACCAAUACUUGAUGAAACUUAACACUGAAGUGACUGAAGAAAUUAGUGAAGGAAACUUAAAAUCUCUACCUGAGCUUCAUGCUACUAGUGCUGGUUUGAAAGCAUUUUGCAGUGAGCUAUGCUGCAGUGCUAUUGAGUUGUGCAGAUUAAGUUGUGGUGGUCAUGGCUACUCAGCUGCCAGUGGUCUACCUCAACUUUAUGCUGAUUAUUCUCCUUCUCCAACAUAUGAAGGAGAGAAUACAGUUAUGCUACUGCAAACAGCAAGGUGA